AUGUCUCUCUCUUUCCAUUAUUCGCCGGGGCUUCGGCCACGCAAUACGUUCCUUACGUUCCUGCAUCUCACUCUUUUCACUUUUUCCUUCUUUUUCCGCACCUCUUCCUCCAUCACAGUGCCUUUCCGGCUUCCCGCUAGUCCUGGGUAUCAAGGCAGGUCGGUUGCUUGUCCAGUACGAUGUGCCGCAUCGGGCCCUAACCCUGCCAACUGGUCCCUCUACCACAACUUCGACCAAUUUGCGUUGUGCGAAGAGUCUCUCUUUUACUCUUUCUCUUUUGUUGAUCCCGUCGAUGAUCCGAACAGCCUUCAUCGCAUCUACACCUGCACCUCGUUCGGCCCCGAUUGGGCCAAUCUGCCGACCAAUACAUCAAGCCUAGUCUUGCAGUCCAAAGGGGUUCCAGCCCCCGUGAACGGCACAUAUCAGAUUGGAUCCUGGCCUUCCGCUCAGGGCUCACCAGUCUCAUCGUCUCUCGCCACUCUCACAAAGCAAUUCCGCCAAUAUCUUUCAAACGGGUUGGGUGCCGGGGACCGUCCGACUAUUCUCUUUGCCAGCUAUGGCUCUACCUCGGUUGGGCUCUACAUCGGCCAAGGGCUGCAGAAACAGGGCAUUGGCAACAUAGCUCUGGCAUACCUGGAGGGCUUCAUGACAAAACCCAACGCUAGUCUGUCGGCGAGUGUGGCUAUGCAAUUCUGCCAGCCGGGUCAAACUUCCCACCAUGUUUUUGGCAUGAUGGCUACCGGCAAUGGAACAUUCGCUACUAUUCAAGAGACCCUUGCCUCAUGGUCCAGGGCGGAAUGCUUGACCUUCCCGUCAGUCCAAAAUGUCACGGGCACCGUCCCGCUCGUGACGCCAUUGUUCCCUUCCACGGCCAACUCCACCUCUACUUAUGGUAAUGCAACCUCCGUUCGGGGCCGAGCCUUCACCCCUCGGACCACCUGUUCCACAGUUCAGGUUGUCUCCGGUGAUAGCUGUAGUACCUUGGCUCAGAAAUGUGGGAUUACCCCGGCUCAAUUCACCAAGUAUAAUCCCGCGUCGAACGAGUGCUCUACCCUGACACCCGGGGAGCACGUGUGCUGUUCGGCUGGCACGUUGCCCGACUUCGCGCCGAAGCCUCAGUCUGAUGGCACUUGUGCCACCUACACUGUCCAGCCAGAUGACAGCUGUUCCAAAAUUGCCGCUACAUACAGCAUCACCGUGGAUGAUAUCAAUAAUUUUAACCAGGACACAUGGGCUUGGAACGGCUGCAAGCACCUCUACCCUCAUAACAUCAUCUGUCUUAGUACUGGUAACCCGCCGAUGCCCGCAUCGGUCUCCAAUGCGAUUUGUGGGCCACAGGUGCCUGGCACUCCGACCCCUCCCAGUGGGACGAAUAUCUCCCUGCUCAACGAGUGCCCUCUCAAUGCGUGUUGCGAUGUAUGGGGCCAAUGUGGUACGACAGCCGGGUUUUGCACCAACACUGGCACGGGUGCGCCUGGAACCGCGGCGCCAGGCACCAACGGCUGUAUCUCGAACUGUGGCACCGAGAUCGUACGGAGCAGCCCUCCUGCGACGUACCGGAGUAUUGGCUUCUAUGAAGGAUUUAAUUUGCAACGUCCCUGCCUCUAUCAAGACAUUUCUCAGCUCGACUUUUCGGCUUACACUCACAUUUAUUUCUCCUUUGGGGUGUUAUCUUCUUCCUAUGAGGUCCAGAUUCCUAACAAAACAACCACCUACGAGUUCAACCUGUUCAGACAGAUCCAAGGCGCAAAACGCAUUCUUUCCAUUGGCGGCUGGGCAUUUUCCACCGACCCAAGCACUUACAUGAUUUUUCGGGAAGGCGUCACUGCCGCCAACCGUCUGACCAUGGCCACCAACAUCGCCAAUUUCAUCAAAGACAACGACCUCGAUGGCGUCAAUAUUGACUGGGAGUACCCUGGGGCACCGGAUAUCCCUGGUAUCCCUGCUGCUAGUACUGACGACGGUGAAAACUAUCUCGCUUUUCUUGUUGUUUUAAGAAACCUCCUUGGCGAUAAAAAAGAAAUCACGAUCGCGGCACCGUCAUCAUAUUGGUAUCUGAAGGGCUUCCCAAUUAAGAAGAUGGCCCCAGUCCUAGACUACAUCAUCUACAUGACCUACGAUCUGCACGGGCAGUGGGACUCCAACAAUCAAUGGUCACAGCUUGGUUGCCCGACUGGCAAUUGCUUGCGGUCGGAUGUGAACCUCACCGAAACUAUCGGCUCUCUGGUCAUGAUCACCAAAGCCGGUGUCCCCUCAAACCAGGUCGUUGUCGGCGUGACCAGCUACGGACGCUCAUUUGCCAUGGCUGAAGCGGGCUGCUACGGGCCCCAAUGCCAAUUCUUGGGCUCAGCCGACGACUCCCAAGCUGCGCCAGGGCCUUGUACUCAAACUGCAGGUUACAUCGCCAAUGCUGAAAUCGAAGCGAUCCUUGCCAACUCUAGCCGGGUCACGAAGAGUUAUAUCGAUGCCACCAGUGACACAAAUAUCCUUGUUUAUGACGACACCCAAUGGGUCGGCUGGAUGAGUGAUGGUGUCAAGUCAACACGAAAGUCGCUCUACAAACGCCUCGCCAUGGGGGGAACCACCGAUUGGGCUACCGACUUGCAAAAGUUCAAUUCACCCCCUUUCAUUGCCAAGAGCUGGUCUAGCCUCAUUGACGACGUCGUCCUGGAUAAAGACCCUUACGAAGAGGGUAACCGAACCGGCAACUGGACUUCAUUAACUUGCACUGAUCCGGCCAUCCAAGAUGCCCUGUGGAUGCCAUGCGCCCAGCGUUGGGCACAGCUAGACGCUUCAAAUGCUUGGUCUGAUGCCAUCAGCGUCUGGAAGAAUAUCGAUAAGCCGAAAAUGGCGCCCACUGACGAGAAAGAUUUCUCUCAGUCCAUCAUGAACACUUUCCAUGCCGGUGAAAACACGUAUUGUGGAUACAUCGCUCCAUUAGGCCAUUGUACCAAGACCCCACCGUGCGGAUCAUUCCAAGGCUUCGGUCAGGGCACCGGUGACUCGGGCCCCGCGGCGAUGCUGAUCCAUCAGUCUUUCACACUGAUCAACUCGGCGUACACCCAGUUCCAUAACGCCAUCGACGCAGCUGCUGGAACGUACAUCGACAACCAACUGCAGGACUUUGAGACUACGUUCGCACCGGUGCCUCCGGCUCCCAGCGAUACAUGGCUAGAGAUCUUGCUCAAUCUUUUUGGUCUCGGUAUCACUGCGGUCGCCGCACCGUACUUCAAUGGAAUCUUUUCGAGUCUACCGGCCCUUAGUAGCGUUCUCGGAGAUGCCGGUGCCGAUACCGUUGCCGAUAUCACCAGUGCUACUGUGGCGUAUGGAGCGUCAAUUGCGAGCGAUUCACUUUCUCCGAAAGCGCCGGGUACAUGGACAGCACAAUCCCAAGAAAGUUUCACCAAGACUAUGGGGUCAGUAAUAGCCGGCUGGGCUUCCCUCGCCGAAAAUCAACUCUGGACGUUGUUCAAUGGAUCCGAUGCCUCCAUCAGUCUCCUUAGCACCAUGAUUGCCAACGGUAAUCUAAUUCCGGGUAGUGGCAGCAGCACAUCAGUAAGCCCUAAAACGAAUCCAACCACAAAUAGCCAAAUCGAGAGCUACAUCACUAAGGCCUUCUUCGGCUUCGCCAUCCCAUCCGUAUGGGCCGUCUCCGGCACCGCUGCCUUCGUCAUCGACUCGGGUUAUGACUGCAGUGCGCAAAACCCAUUGACCGAUUACAUGACUGCAUCCACCCAAGAGUCGACUUAUGCAUGCUACGAUAACAAAUUGUACUAUCUAGUCCAUCCCCACGGCAAGUGGAGGGGUUGUCCCGGCAAGGAUACCGUGAAGACCGAUUGCGUUGACUGUGGCCCGACAUCAACGUGCUCCGACCAGACAUUUUUCACUGCGCCACCAGGACUGAGCUCGCUUGGCUCGGGGUCCUGGGGAAACAUCACCCUGUCAGAUCUUAUUAUUGGGUCCGUCCGGACUUACGUCGCCAACGGCAAUGCCAACGGAGGACCCGUCGCCAACCCCUUAGACAAGGAUACUCUGAAAGAUCUCUCGAACCAAGACAUCACCACUCCCGGCUAUAUCCGCCUCCCUGUGUGUAGUCCCCAGGUCGCCUGGGCCUCGUGGUCCACCCCAUCGCAGUCCAACUCCAGCGCUCCGAACUACCCCUGCAACCCGUUGCAGGGCGUCACCAAGUGCAGCGGCUACACUUACCAGGAUGAGACCUCGUCCGCUUCCCCGAAGGUGUCUGACUGCCAAACCAUCGUGAAGAAUAUCCAGGGCACCGGCGGCGAAUGGACUACUGGUAUCGGUCACCAACGUGACAUUGCUAAAUUCGGAUCUUGCCAUUUUGGCGUUCAAAAUGUUGGCGUUACUGGUGAUGUCACUUAUCAUACUGGCAGUCAGGAUAUUGUGACAAUUAUCAACGAGGCAAUCUCUAAGUAUGCCUCUAAUGGUCUUGUUGGUGCAAAGGGGUAUAUGGAGUGUGGUGGUGAUGCAGGUAGUCAGAAGGUCGAGUGGGGUCUGUAUUAGUAGGUAUUUGCUCUGACAGUUGUUGGAUGUAUGCAGAAUCUCCCCUGGAGACCUAAUCGUGUACUAUCAAGAGAAUGCC